AAUUAUGUAGCAUUUUUUUUUUUUUUUACUAAAAGGGAUAAUAAAAAAGAAGGCAGGUGUUGCAUGUUUUUUAAAUGGGAAACCUGGUGGGCAGCUGGCGUUUCAAGGAGCCGAGCACGAUUGAGGAAUGUGACUCGACGUGGGGAUCGGACUCGGAGAGCGAGGAGCCGGCGGCUGAAGAUGAUAGCGGCAUCUCCGACUCCGUCAGCCCGGCGAAGAGCGAGAGGGCCGCGGGACACGCGGGAGACGCCACACCGCAGCUGACUGACUCCCCAGAGUCUGUUCCAAAGAUGAAGAGGAGUUUCUAUGCUGCCAGGGACCUCUACAAAUACCGGCACAGCUACCCGAACUUCAAAAGGUCCCGGCAACCCAAUGAGUACCGCAACCUGCGCUUCUACCUGAACAAGAUCCCUCUAGUGCCCGAUGGUAUCUACAUAGAGGAGAUUCUCUCUAAGUGGAGAGGCGACUAUGACAAACUGGAGCACAAUCACACCUACAUUCAGUGGCUGUUCCCAUUAAGAGAACAAGGGCUCAACUUCUACGCACAUGAACUGACUCAGGACGAGAUCAAAGAAUUCCAAAGCACUCGGGAAGCGAAGCGGAGAUUCCUGGCGGCCUAUUCCCUCAUGUUGGACUUCUAUGGCGUCAAACUGCUGGAUAAGAGUGGCAAUGUUGCUCGGGCCCCCAACUGGCAGGAGCGCUUCCAGCACCUUAAUGAAUCCCACCACAACUACCUGCGGAUUACUCGCAUCCUGAAGUCCUUGGGUGAGCUUGGUUAUGAGGCCUUUAAGGCCCCACUGGUUCGCUUCUUCCUAGAGGAGUCGCUGUGCCACGGCACCCUGCACAACAUGCAGCACAGCAUCCUGGAGUACUACGUCUACACCAUCCGCCUGCCGGCCACCCGCCGACGCCUGCUCCGCUAUGCCCGCCAACACUACAGACCGGCCCACGCUUUCCUCUGGGGACCGCCACCUAAAAAGCGAGGUGGUGGCGCUGGAGGUAGUGUGGGUGCUGGAAGUAGUGGUAUUAGGGCGCCUGCUCCAACACCAGAGCAACAGAGGAGGGGGAAGGAGAACACCACCUCCACAUCUGCGAGUAGUGGAAAUAUUGUGUCUUCUCACAAUGCCAUGAUGUGCCAUGAGCCGGCUGAAGGAGGACUCAAGGGCUGCACGGGACUCGGUUCCAACAUGGAGGGAAUGCUGAUGAUGGUGGGAGCUAGAGGAGAGAGGAAUGAAUACAAUGAGAUGGUUCCUUUGUAGUUUUUCCUGUAGUUUUGUAGUUUUGAAAAUGGAAAACAAAACAAAAUUAGCCACUUAAAUUGUAAAUAGAUAAACCUGCUUGUGGAAGGAAACCAGGGCAACAACACACAGAUGUUUGAGCUGUUAGAAACACAUCAUUAGAAUCAGUUUAGGUUAAGGGCUUAAUAUAAACUCAAAUAACUCAAACAGUGCUUUACUGCAAGUUAAUGAUCUUAACUAUAUUUGGGAUUAUAAUCAGAAGCUGGAGUGUUGUUUUUUUGUGGUGGUGGGGGUCAUUUCAUAAACUAAGCUAGCUCAAUCCCAAACUUAUCUAAACUAGGAGAGAACGUUAUGACAGAAGCCUUAUUUAAUGUUUUGGUCUGGAAUACUGAAGAUUAUUUGACAUGCUGGUGUUCAGCUGGUGAUGGUUAGAUUACUCAAAUGCUGUAGCUGGAGCUCCCCCAAACAACAUGUUGGGCUGAGCUCCCUGUGUACAGGUUCUGUACAGCAAAUAUUAUAAUGUGAAAAGGAAGAACAGGAAGAAUUUUUUCUUAUUUCCAUAUCAUGUGAACGUACAUAAGGGAAGACUAAUUUGUCAGCAAUAC